CAGUUGGAUUGUAAAUUAUUGCCAAGUUUCAUUGCAUGGUGGCAUAAUCAUAACAGCAAUAAUAAACACCGAACCAUGUCUACAAUGAAAAAUCCCACUUCAUUGAAAACAACUCAUCGUCCACAAGGGCUGGCAGCAUGGUUUGAAUUGUUUGUCAUUUUACGUAUCAUAAGUAUUUUGUGUUUUGUAAGCAUUAUUACUGGUCCAUUUCUCACAGAAAUCACUAAACAAACAUGUCUUAUUCAAAUACCGACUAAUCAAUCACAUUUGUAUAAAUUUAUUGAAUUAUUUUGGUCUAAUCAAUGUCGACAUUAUUCACGUCAAUAUUGUCCACUAAUGAUAAUCUAUGCACAGCAUUUUUCUUUAUCAAUCACUGGUCAAAUGUGGUUCACUUGUUUACUAUUUUGUUUACAAUUCCUUAUUGUAAUUAGAACUGGUUGGCGAAUUCGUAGCCAGCAGCAGCAGCCUUAUUAUUCUCGUUGUCGCCGUCGUCAUCGUCAUUAUUCCAUGUAUCAUGAUGGUUUGAAAUCAUUAAUCUUGCUGUAUGAUAUUUCCAUGCUUUUAAUCUCGAUCAAUAUUCUCUUACCGUCCAUAUUGACUAUGGAUAGUAAGCUGAUGAAGCUGAUUCUAUCCAAUAAUUCAUUGAUCAUACAUGUAGCAUGUUUCAGUGUGAUUCUGAUUUUCCUAUUGUUUAUUGUGAUCGCUUAUGGAACUAAAAUAUGGUUGUCAUUUUUUUUGAAAGAUUUUUUAUCACAACAAAAACAAUUGAAAACGAAAUGGCCUAUUCAUACUACUACUAAUACUACUACUAAUAAUAAUAAUAGUAGUAAUAACAUCACAUUCACAACUUCUCGAUCUAUCAAUGAUGGCGAUGAUAAUACUAUGAGUUAUUAUUCCACACCAAGUAGUAAUUGUCAAUCAUUAAAUUCCAGUAGAAAAUCAUUGGAAGAUCAAUUAGCUGCGACGAAAUUAUACACCACAUCGAAUUAUUCUAAUCAAACUGUAUUUCGACCAUCUGUGCUGACCACUAAUCAUCAUAGUCAAACAUCAUCACCACGAAGUAAUAGUUGUAGUAGUUGUAGUAGUAGUAGUAUCAUUGAUUCACAACGUUAUUCCACUACUCAUUCUCCGCAUUCAUUCAUAUCAUCCAAUCAUUUCAACAACAACAACAGAAUGAAACAACACCACCAGAACAUGCAACUCCAGUCGUAUCCAUGCAACGAAGAAGAUACAUUAAGUGUAUUAUCCUAUAGAAAUAAUCCAUGUAAAUUAAAACAUGAUCCUACGAUGGAUUAUCAUCAUGCUGAUCAAUGUCAUCAUCAUCAUCAUCAUGAUCCUGUGUCGGAUGAUUAUUCAUUCAUGCAUUCAUUGGCGGUGGCGGCUAAGCGUAAAUCAUCACAUUCUUCAUUGAAACGUAAACGACGUACCGGUCUCAUUCAUUUUAUAUUAUGCUUAUUAUUUGGUCGAUUAGAAACAUGGAAAGAUGUAUGUUAUGAAUUGACAUGUUUAGCAAAUGCAAUUUUUCUUAGUAUUAUCAUUUAUUGUACAUGUCGUAUUAUGUUUUGUUUAAUGAAUACAUUUGGUAUUUAACGGGAAGA